AUGAAAUCCCUCUCUAUCAAGAAUAUAUUUGAAUUUAAAGACAAUCGUGUGGAUGGAGUGAAAGAAAAUUUGUACAAAAAUAUAAGUAUAUAUAAAUUUUGAUGUUUAGAUUAACUUAAAGGUUUAGGAGUUCCAGAUGUCUGUAUUAUAACUAAAUAAUAGCAAACAAAUUUGAUAAAAACCACUUUUGAAACCUAAUCAUCAUUUCAUUUCGUUUAGGGUCUAUGUCCAUAAUCAUAAGCAGAAAUAUUUGCUUAUCUUCAAACGAUUUUACAAAAUUAAGAAAUACAAGAGUAUUAAACCUUGUUCUCUAAAGUUCCAAACAUUUCAAAAGUAUAAAUGCAUAUUAAAAUAGUUAUCUUACCUUUGUUAUGAUAUAUUUACUAAAACCAUCUUGGUUUGUGAAAUUUAAUUAUCUAUAGAAGGAUUACAAAAAUCUAAAAUUUUUGCUGUUCAAGAAAAUGAAUAAUAUAUUUUGCCUUCUUAGUAGCAUUGGCAAGGUGCUUACAUAAGUAAUAUAUUAAGAGCAAUUGAUGAUGAAUUCAAGUUAGCCAGCGUAGGUAGAUUCUUUAAUAAUAUAAACUUAAAAAACAACAGUAGAUUAAUAGAAGUGAUAUCAAUGUUAUUGUCACUAAUCUCAAUACAACCUUAAUUAUUUUAAGACCUUGAUAAAAUUAGUUCAAUUAAUAACUUUCCUGAAAUUAAAGAUGCUUUACAUUAUUUAUGUUGGCCAUUAGACAUUUUAGCCACACAUUUAAAUAAAUCUAAUUAAUUAGACAUUUUAAUCAAAGAAUUAGAGAAUAUUGAAGAUAAUACAAUAUUUUAUUUGAUCAAAAGUAUAUUGUAUUACAAAAUGAAGUAUUUAUAAAAUCUAAAUUUAGAAAUUAUGAAAAAUCAUUAUCAUGUUUAGUUAAUAUAUCUUAGAUUAGCAAUUAAUUUAAUUUCAUUAAAUAUAUGUUUGGAAAGGUACUCAUUAAAUUAGGAAAGUUUUAAUAAGCUUUAAUUAUGUUGAAAGAUACCUUAAUAAAAUCAUAUGAAAAUUAAAUUAUUUGGAUUACAAUGGUAUAAAUAAAAUUUAUUUUAGGCUUCCAUAUUUAGAAAAUAAAACCAUUAUCAAAUCUGUUUAAACUUACUUAACAAAGCAGCAUCUUUUUAAGGUAAAAAAAUUAAAAAAAAUCUUUGGCGAGAGAUUCAUAUUUAAAAUUAUCGAGUAAUGAGUUAAGAUAAUAAAAUAAAUAAUUUGCAUGAUUUAGAUAAAGUUUAUACAGUAAUCAAUCCUCUUUGUGUUGAUAAAGUUGAGAGCUUUUCCUAAUUGAGUAAUCAUCCUGUGCUUGAAUAAUUAUUAUUAAGACAUAGAAAUUUAGAUAAAAAAGAACUUAAAGUAUUUUAUUUUUCUAUUCAUAGAUUUGGCAUACUUAAGCCUUAAAAUUUUUAAAUUAAUAGGGCUAAAAAAUUGAAAAAUAAACUAUAGAAUUCAUUUCACAAAAUUAACUAUUAGAAAAUAAAUAAGAACUAUCUUUAUUAUAAGAAGAAAUAAUAAGACUAUCAAUUAAAGUGGGUCACGAAAAAUUAAAUAAAUAUUUAUAACUUCAUUUCUAUACUCCACCUCAUAGUUCCUACAGUUUAAUUAGUAAUAAUGUUGAUAUAACAUCUUUUGAAAUAAAAUUAAAAUAAACGAAUCAUAAAGCUUAUUAACAUAAUUUUUAAAAAGUAAAAAAUUAAAAUUUAUAAUAGAGCUUAACUACAAUGUCAUUAUGUGAUUUUGAUUCAGAUGAAGAAGAAGAACCUGAAUUUUUAAAAUUAGAUUUAAAUAAAUCUCUUGACUCUUUUUCUAAUAUUGCUUCAAAAACUAAUUUAUAAACAACAAAAUCAUAAAUGAUGUUUUCAACUAAUAAAAAAUCAUAAAACAAUUAAAAAAAAGAACCCAGCAAAACUUAUUCAGUUAUUUAAGAAAAUGCUUAUGAAAGUAUUGAAUCUGAAAGAGAUGAUAUUUAUAAAUUAAAAGGAAAAGCAAUUCACAAUUUGCAAAAUAAAAAUACUAUGGAAACAUUAAGUGAGUAAAGUAUCAUAAAUGAAUAAAAAGUAUAAAUUUAUGGGUAUAUCGAUCAUUUAGAAAAUUCUUCAUCAGUUAAACAAACUGAAAUGGAAGAUUUGAUGAAAAGAAAAAAAGAUACUUUAAACCCUAUACUUCAAGAUUUUAUAAAUUACAUUUCAUAAACUUUUAAAAUUCUUGAAGAAUUAUUUUAUAAUAACAGUCAAAAAUCUAAAUCUUGUUAAAAUUCUCAAUAAACUUCAUUUAAUUGUUCUGAAAAACAAUCACCAAAACAAAAAUUAACAAAAAUAUUUAAAUCUUAAUUAAAAGAAUCUUUAAAAAAUAAAAAUUAUUUAGAGAAAUAAAUAGAAAUUCAAGAUUUUUAUGUUAUUAAUGGGCUUUAAUUUAAAGAUUUAGAUGAACAAUAAACAUAUUUAUAAUUUAUCAAACAGGAAUCCAUAUUUCUCUAUAAAUGUAGCAAAAUAGCAAUGAAACUAAAAAAAUUUUAAUUGUCAUAAAAACUUCUUGAAAAAUUAAAUGAACGAGUAAUAUCAGUUUAAAUUUCCUAUUCACUAUUAAAUAUACUGAAAGACGAUCAUGUUUAAUUAAUUUAAUUGUAAAUAUUUAAAUUUAUUCAAUAGAAUUUAAAAAAAUAUGACAGAUUUCAUUGAAUGUGGCGUUUCAAAAAUAUAAUCAAUGCCUAUUUGGAUUGAAAUUCAUCUCGUUAGAUUAAUUAAAACUAAAGGGCCAAAUCAUGUUUUAGGAUUACUUGGUACAUUAGAGAAUUAUGAUACCUUUUAAUUGAUCAAAAAAAUUGUCUUACAAGCUGAAAACUUGCUUUGA